AAAUCAAGUACUUUCAGCACAUGCUUAAAAAUACCGCUGUUUAUAGCCAAAACGAAGCGUUCGGUGUUUUAGUGCAUUUAAAACGUCGCCAUAAAAGCACAAAAUUCACCUCCAGCAGCAAAGAUGUCUAAGGAGCAUUGGAUGCGCGAUUUGCCGCCGGAAUUGCGCGAUUUAUCAAUUGUUAAUUUGGCUAUGCCAGGUUCCCACAAUACGAUGACCUACGGAAUUAACAGCAAUUCAAAGCUAGCACCCGAUGCCGAUACCGCAAUACGUCGCUGGCAUCGCUUUUUCCCAUUCUUUGUACGUCGUUGGUCCAAAAAUCAAUCGUCAAACAUUUUAGAGCAACUGCAUCUGGGAGUGCGUUACUUCGAUUUGCGAAUAGCACAACAUGAGGGAAAAUUCUAUUAUUGUCACAGCGUAUUUGCAAUGGAAGUGUUUGAACCACUCAUGGAGCUGCUUCAAUUCCUCGAUACACAUCCCGAAGAAGUUGUUGUGUUGGAUUUACAACACUUCUAUGAUAUGACGAUUUCACAUCAUCAGCAGCUCCACAAGGAGCUACUCCAGUUCUUCGAUCAACGUCUGUAUGCCACAACGGAUGGUCCGCUCCUCGAAUGCUCUUUGACGAACUGCGCUGAGCUGCAGCGCCAAGUGGUGCUCAUCUGUAGACGCUGUCCCAUUGGCCUGCCAGCUCAAUUCUGGCCAAGUUAUGCUUGGCCAACACCGUGGCCCAAUACGGCUAGCAUUAAGAAGCUGCAGUCUUUUCUUGCCAACUCGCUGCUCUCUCGACAGCCCCAACAAGGCUACGUCUCCCAGUGUCUACUCACGCCAACGGGUCGUUAUAUAGCGCUGCGUUUAUUCUUCACUUUGAAGCGCACAGCAAAGCGCGUGGACCGAAAGUUAAAGCCCUGGAUAGCGGAACAGUUGCCGGGGCCCUUUGAUAAUGGGCAGAAGCCGCGUGUAAAUGUUUUCCUGGCAGACUUUGUUAAUCUCAAAGAGGGCCAAUUCUGUGAUUGGGUCAUUAAAUUGAAUACUAAACUGGAGUGGGAUGAAUGUGAGCUUGAAGAAAAAGAGGAAUGCUGAUUCUCUAAUAAUGUCUACUACAACUAAUCGUACAAAUAUUGUUAUAGAAUUAAUGAAUGCUAUUUUUUGUUUAUAUAUCAGCACGAAUCCGUCCUCAAUUUUUAUGCAAUGCUCUCUCCCAUUGGUGCUGUUUUUUGUAGACAAAAGAUCUUUCUA